UUGCCUCCCUCGCUUGCAACGAGGGACGGAACUGGUGACUGCUACGCGACAGUUCGAUUUAUUAGAGCUAGCAUUCGCCGCCGGGGGUUGUGCACGGCGAGCAUUGUCUGUAUCAAGCAGCUUCCUUUUCGCUGCAAGUAUCGCAGUGACCCCGGAAAGUGAAGGUGUCCGUCGGCCGAGGUUGAACGGAUUAGCCGGUUUGCUGUAGCUAACAUCGGUGGAACUCUCGCGGCCGCCGUUUCACGCAUGCUAAGCUAGCCGGCGCGCCGAACGUCUCCUGUCAAACGUUGCGGGGUGGUUGUUCCACAACACGCCCCGCAACGGUUUUUUUUUUUUUUCCCUCGCAGGCGAUUCCCGCACCGCUAUUGACGUCUCCCCCCUCAGGCGUGGGGCUCUCUGGUGAAAACCACGUGUGAAUUAUUAAUAACAAAAGUCGAGUUUCGACGCAGGUGCAGCCUGUCCGGUUUAACCAACCAGUGAUUGACCUUUUUGCUGAUAACGUCCAAUCAUUGGUCACGCGGCGUGAUAAGGAAACGCACAUGUGCCGAGCACUGAGAAAGGAGUCUGUCCCUUCGCUGUAAAGGCACAGAGGACACACAGGACCUGUGGAAGUCUCUCUUGCGUGUGACAGCGUGUCAUGUCACUGUCGAGUGACUGGGGUGUUGUUAGUAUGGACAGUAGUCCCAGGCGCUGUCCGCCGCGCAAGCCCUUCAGGGCUGCCCCGUACUCGUCUUGUUGGAGGGCCUGGAACACGUGAAUGCAGCCGGACCGUCAGCCAAGGUCGAAGGCCGAGUCUUGACUUUAAGGUCAAGACGGGCACCGGGGAAUGCCGGUCCGGCUGUAAGGAAUCCUCCACGUUUGUGACUCCGGCUAUAACCUUGUCCAAGGUGUAGCUGCUAGUGUCCUGAGGAAAUGCCGCUGACGUUUCGCUCUGUUGUACCCUACACACUGCCCGGAGUACUUGCACUAAUUGGUUGGUGGUGGUACAUCUCACGGAAAAAAGAGCGCAUCAUCACUCAUGGCAGCCCAGAGGGGGCUCCAACUGAUGCCGGCCUGAGAACAUCUCCAGCAGAGGGUAGCAACGGUUUGGUUGAAAAAGGCACUGUAUCCCCCACGAAUGACACGGAAUGCUCCACCCACAGACCUCCAGAGGUCAUCAGCCAGAGAACAGAUCACAAAAUCAUUUCCCGUAUUCAUGUCCAGGACAAUGAAGCAGCACCUUCCGUGGAACAAAGUUCUGAAGAACCUGCCCCUCAUCUUGGCAGCAAUAAGGGAGAGGAUGUCCAUAAACCCUCUGUCUUGACUCAACUAUCACCUGGCAAGGACGAGAGCUUGCUGGUGUCAUUGAAAGACCCAGAAAAAUGCUCAUCGAUUGCUUUUGUAUUGGAGCCGAACCAACACCAGCUCAAAGAUCCAGCCUUUGCUCCAGAAGCCGUGGUAGAAGAGGUCGUCUUGUCCAGCCGGUCUAAAGACGUCACCAGCUCGGCCCCAACAACAGCCUGCCUGUCUGAUGCAGAGAGGCCUGAGCCAGAGGGAGAAGUUUCACAAGAUAAGAUAAUUGUCUCUGCAGUCACCCCAGCCAGAGUGAAGAGAGUGAUCCCAUCAGAGGCUGACUCUCAAGAGACGCCGCCUUCAGCGCAGGAUUUCCACCAACAAAUUCUAACGAGCACACCUACCACCGCAGACCUGACCUUCACAGCCUUGACCACCGCCCACGAAUCCAUCACCUCACCAGUGACCACAGAGGACACCCAGGUGCACAGCAGUGGACAGGAGCAGGAUCUGGAGCUUCUGGCAGCUGGACUCGUAUCUGGGGUCAUCACGGCAGCCACCCAGGAGGUCCUUGGUGUCACCAGGUGCCAGAUCACAGACAGCAGCACACCACUGGCUAGCAACAGACGAUGCACGCAACAGGAGCCAGUUGCCACAGCACCGCUGCACGAUCAUCUACCGACAAGCUCCUCUCAGAACAGCUGCGAGUCUCGAGAGGCAGCAGAGAAAGAGCAGCAAGGGAAGACUAAUGGAUGCUCCUCAGCUCCAGUGUGGGAGCCUGUUGAGAUUAGUCACACGGCUCAUCAGACAAACACUGCUCAGAAAGGCCAUUGGCCGACGCGGGAAGCAGCGCCAAGUGUGCCUCUGCUAGACAUGAAACUGAAAGGUAAUGAAGUGGCCACGCUGGCCGAGGACUCCGCCUGCAGCACAUGCCACUCUGAGGAUGGCAUCAGCAGCGAGGACCUCCAGAACAGCACGUUCGACAACCAAAUGGAUGUGAUCCAAAUUACAGACUUGUCAGCUAGAGAAGCCGCACUGUCUCAGUCAUCGUCUGAGAUGGCCACAGAGACAGCGGCUCUGUCCAUAACUGAAGAAAACUUGGUGGAUGCAGAAUGUGAGAUUAAGAUGCUCAACGUAAUGGGCCUGAGGAAUAUAGCCCACGUCCCGUGUGAGGUGGAGACGGACCAUUCUGGAGGCUCCGAUGUGAAUAGUAUGGACUCGGUAGACAGCGGCUGCACCAUGAGCACCGGGGAAAGCCAGAGCAACCACGCUGCCUCCUCGAGCUCUGAGCUCAUCAUCUGGGAGAUUGAGGUGCCAAAGCAUCUUGUCGGACGGUUAAUCGGGAAGCAGGGGAGGUUCGUGAGUUUCGUCAAGCAGACCUCUGGUGCGAAGAUCUACAUCUCCACCCUGCCUUACACACAGGAUGUCCAGAUCUGUCAUAUAGAGGGUUCGCAGCAGCAGGUUGACAAAGCCCUUUCAAUGAUUGGGAAGAAGUUCAAAGAUCUGGAUUUGACAAACCUGUACGUGCCCCCACUCGCGUUGCCAUCGCUUCCCAUGACCUCCUGGCUCCUGCUGCCCAGCGGGGUGACGGUCGAAGUGAUAGUGGUGAACAUCGUGUCAGCCGGCCACGUCUUCGUGCAGCAGCACACCCAUCCCACCUACCACGCCCUGCGCAGCCUCGACCAGCAGAUGUUCCUCUGCUACUCCCAGCCCGGCACCCCGGCCCUGCCCUCGCCCGCUGAAGUGGGUGUGAUCUGUGCAGCUCCGGCAGUGGAAGGCGCAUGGUGGAGAGCUCAGGUCAUCACUUUCUACAAAGAAACCAACGAGGUGGAGAUCAGAUACGUUGAUUACGGAGGCUAUGACCGAGUAAAGAUCGACUCGCUACGGCAAAUAAGGUCUGAUUUUGUAACACUACCAUUUCAAGGGGCAGAAGUGCUGCUGGACAACAUCAACCCACUUCCAGGAGAGGAUCGUUUUUCACCAGAGGCAACGUCUUUAAUGGAGGAGAUGACCCGAGGGGUGGCGCUGCUCGCACAGGUCUCGAACUACGACAACAACACAGGCCUGCCCCUGGUCCACCUGUGGAACAUGGUGGGAGAGGAGGUGAUUUCAGUGAACCGCACACUGACGGAGCGAGGCCUGGGUGCGUGGGUGGAGGGAUUCUGAACUCCUAACAUGCCCUGACCUCUACACCUCCACCUCACCCCCCCUAAUUCUCCUGUGGUCAGCAGUCUGGGCUCCUGGCCUGUGGUUCCACACCCACCACUGGAUCGAAGAAGAUCUUUGUUUUUCUUCUUUCUUUUUUUCUCCGUUUUGUUUUGUUUUGUUGUUGUCCUCGUUACCCUCCUCCAAUCCUUUUGAAAAGAAAUGUAAAAAAAAAUGAUCGCAGGCAUAAUCUACAAGAACAAGGCACUGCUUGGAAAUGAGACAACUCCCCCCCUCUUGUACUUGUACACAAAAAGAACUUCAAGAAGGACAGAGUUACUUGGAAUUUUUUUUAAGAAAAUCUAUAUUAUAACUAAAUAAAGGUGCAGCAAAUAUUUUUUUUUCCUCCCCCAUCCUACCUUCAUUUUUUUGCUCUGGGUCUUUGCACUUUUGACUGUGGAUCGUCAUGCUGUGUGGAAGGACAGGCGCCUCCCAUCAGACUCUCUCUUGUUUCUAACCGCCCCGAGUUCCGCCGACACCUCGGCUAGAGUCGUCCGUAGCUCUUUACUGCUCAAAGUAGAUUUAACAGCCUUUUUUGGGAGAGUAUUGUCUGGACUGAACGUGUGGGGGAGGGCAGGGGAGGUGACAGGGUGCUGGAGCAGCCAGCCAGUGGCCAGCCCACUGGUCCCAAGAGACGCGGACCUCUCUGGGGUCUCAUCCAGAGCUGCUGCAACCGCCUCUGAUCCACUUUUCCCCACCAACCUUCACUGCGUCACAGGCGAACUGUGAACUUUCGAGCUACCACACAACAUGCAGCUGCACAGCUUUUCACACUGGAACUCUGGAAAGUUGGACAAGACUUCUCAAGUCCAUUAUUUUCCAAGGUGCGUUUUUUCUGAUGGCUGAUGCAGGUCAUUAUGUUGAGCCUAGUUUUAAUCCUUACACUACAUAUGCUCUGGUUUUAGUAAAGUGUCCCCGAAUUCCUGAGAGAUGGUUACAUCUUAGCACUUUAUUAGGAACACCUGUACGCCUGCAUAUUCAGGCAGUGAUCCAAUCGACCAGGCAGCAGAUCAGUUGCUGAAAUCCAGCAGAUUAGGGCCGUAAAUAAUGAUUAUUUUCAUAAUUGAUUAAUCUGAUUAGUUGUUUGGUCCAUAAGAUGUCAUAAAAUAGGGAAAAUGUAGUUUUUCCCAAAACUCCAAGAUGAUAUGUUUUGUCCUCACACCAAAGACAUUCAGUCCACUGUCAUAGAGGAGCAAAGAAACCAGAAAAUAUUCACAUAUAAGAAGCUGAAAUCGGACAAUUUUGACUUUUUUUUCAUAAAAAGUACUUUAACCGAUGAAUCGAUUAUCAAAAAAGUUGCAGACUAAUUUAGUAAUCGAUUAACUGUUGUAGCUCUACAGCAGAUGCAGGUCAGAAGCUUCAUUUGAUCUCAGUGACUCUGACUGUGGCCUGAUUGUUUAAGUUGGACAAGUUGGUUUUAUUGUUUCUGAAACUGCUGAUUUGAGAUUUUCCACAAGUAGAGUUGUUACUCAGAAUUGAGCCAGAAACAAGCAAACAAACAGAAUAUCCAGAGGUCAGGGGAGAAAGGUCACUCGGAUAACAACUCCACCGCUGUGGUGAGCAGAGAGCGCGUCAGCUGACAAAUGACGUGAUGCAGUCAGGAAGUUUCCAACGUCGUCCAUGACACGGAGACCCGAGGAACUGUUGACAUGGUGUUCCUAAUAAAGUGCUCGAUGAGUGCAUGCUCCGAUAUACUCGUGCACAAGACAAAAAUCCGGUUAAAUCUGAGGGGGAACAAAGCAGCGAGAGCUCGCGGUCGACCCGUAGAUCUACUGUACCUGUCGACAGUACUGCAGUUUGAGCAACUUACUGUAUGACGGGUUCUAUCCUAAUCCCACAGAGGUGGGGACUGAAAGAGCAAGAAUGCACUAUGCUAGAGGUCGAUGUGACGUGGAGCAGAGCUGGAGUGUUGGUGGCAGACGGCCACAGCGAAGGAACCACGAGAAGGGAAAAAGGCCGCUGCCGCCGUCGGUCCGCUCCUCUUGUCCUACGCUCAUCGACCGACCCGUUCUUCGCAUGCGGACAACGGUUCACUUUCUCUUUAUGUUGGACUCUCCCUGGGGCAGCAACACCCUUAUCUAAUUAAGAUCUGUAGGAGCUGGCAAAACCAGUAUCUCCACCGUGAUCAUGUACUCAACCCUGAUGUGAGAUGUAACGGUGAUACCUGCUGAGAGAUCCAGUCAGGGAGACGGUAAAGAAAAAAACGAUACCUGACGAAGGGCAAAUGUUUUUGAUACGAACAAAAUAUGACACUGAAGAUAGUAUUGAAAUAUUCAAAUGUUGAAAUGUUUCUGAAAUAUGUGUGGCUUUCAACAUUUAGAGGGUAGCAUUCUUUUUUUUUUUUCUUUCUUUUUUUCCCCAAGAUUAACUGAAAUCACAGAUGUUUAACACGCAAAAGUUAAAAGUAAUGCAGGUGCUAACGAAGAGCAUGUGGGUUUGUUUGUCUCAUGCGAGUCGACGGUUGGCGGGGGAGACCAAAAAGGUCAAAGGCCCCCCCCAAAAAAAAAAGUAAUAGCCAUGCGGCGUUUGUCACGGUGGUAUUAGUGAUACGCAAAGAGCAACCAGCACAGGGUUUGGCUCAGAUCAACAAAGCGGGUGCAAAUGUUCAGACAUCCAUCCCAAGGUCAUGAGGUCAGACAUGGAACUAGAGGCAAAGAGCAAUUCACUGCGCGAGAAACUGCAAAGCGGGAACAAGUUAAACAUUAGAAAGGAGCGGACGAGGACGCGCGUGGUGGUUUGACGUUUCACGACCUCUUGGGGUCGAAUUAACCGGAGAAAAAGCUCGACCCAUCUGAAGUCCCAUCGGAAGAACCGGGUCCCGAGCAGGGAGCGUUUUCACUUCCAUCUCUCUCCGUCUUUUCACCAUUGACUUUUUUUUUUUUUUUCUCCCCUCUGUUUGUUUGUUGUUGUUGUUGUUUUUUUGGCCAGACAUUAAGUCAUGAAGUCAGACCCCCCCCCCCCGUGUUUCUGAUAUGGCAACGUGAGAUUCAGGCCAAAGGCGGCGAGUGGAGGAAAAAAAAAGGGAUUCAUUUCCACGUCACUGAUCUGAAGAACGUCAGAUCCACACGUCAUCGUUUUUAUUGAUGUUUUUCAGUGGAAACAAAAGUGGAUGUUGUUCUAGCAAUAAGGCAGCUUUAUUUGGACUAUGUGAAGGACAGAAUGUGUGUGUGUGUGUGUGGGGGGGGGGUGCAAGUGUUUAAUUAUUUGACACUAAGGACUAGGAAAACUAACAUGUAACAUGGGUAAAAACUGACUUCAGUAACGUAUCUCAGGAAUGGUUCGUGCGGCAGGAAAUAUUGCUGAACGGCGACUGACGGAUGACGGAGGUACAGAGGACGCGUUGGUGCUGGAACCGGAGCAGUAGCCAUGUUGUCCAUCACCGGCUGGUGUGCAUCCUCCCUCCCUCGUUUCACACCGACCUCUGCUCCUCUCUCCUUUUAACCCCCCCACCCCCACCCCCUGCUGCCCACAGACCCCGUAGACCUCUGUCCACUUCUCUGUAAAUACCAUAUUGGACUGUACUUUUCUAUAACACUGGAGAGAAAGAGAUAUAAAGGGAACAUGUUUUUGUUUGGUCUGGUUCAUCUUCCUCUUCCUCCUCCUCCUCCUCACUGUCCUGAUGCCGUGGGACUGAUUUGUAAAGUGUUUGCACAGCUAGACGAGUCAUCAUUUGAUUAUUUAAAUGGAUGUUAAGCUGUCAUGCCCAAAAAGCAUUUAACAUGUACAGAUCAGGUUUUUUGGGGGAUUUAGUUUUUUUUGCUAGGCUCAUCUUUAAGUUUGAUUUGCUGAUUGUACAGAUCUAUUAGGGAGACAAAAAAAUAAAAGUUAUUGAAAGUGUA